UGUCAUUCCAAAUCCAAGGAUCAAGAACACCAUCGUAUUCCUUUCCAUAAAUAUGCUUUACGCUCAUCAUAUCAAACGAUCAUAGUUAACUGAUCUACGUCGACACUUAGAUUCCUGAGUCCCAACUCUUCAUGUCAACAAAGGUUUGUUGCAUGACCAUGAGGAUGAACCUUGACUGCAACGCUUGCUGUAGGAAACUAAGGAGAAUCCUUCUUAAUAUGAAGGGGAUAGAGACCCAUGUGAUCGAGAAACCAUAUGGUAGGGUAAGCGUCUGUGGUAGAGUCAGACCGUCGGAUGUUGCAAUAAAAGUGAGGAAGAAGAUGAAGCGUCGGGUCGAAAUACUGGAGAUUCAAGAGUUUGGCAGCGGUGAUGAACAGGCAGAUCACCAGUUAUAAAUGGAGGCUAGGAUGAAGGUAGAAGAAGGCUCCGAAGAUGUCUCAUCUCCGAACCCAAUUUGGAAUCUCUUUUAAGAAUUUCACCUCUAUGCCGCACCCAUGGACAAAGGGAAGAUUUGGAAAACAGACGGGGCAAAUGCUGGAAAAAUAGAUAAAAAAAAUAUACACCUUGUAAAGUUUUAUUCUAAAUGAAUUCCUACCGCUGAUAAAAUUGUACAAUUGUAUUCAAUCAUGUUAAGAAGCAAUUUCUGCUUA